AUGUUCACUUCGCACUUUUGCUCGCGAUUCGCCUUCCCGUCCUCCUUUCCGUGCUUGCAUCAUGUCACAACGGCUCGCACAACGUCAGCGCUUGAACUGCUUCCCCCAGACUUCCCCCAGCGCUUGCGGGAAGAGAAGGGGCAGCAAGCAGGUGGCGCCCCUGCUUCUGCCGCCGCUGCCGCCUCUGCUGCCGGUGCCCCUUCGUCCGCAGCUACGGGCUGCUGUUGGCGGUCGGUCGGGACGGCGGGCAUCUGGUGCCAUCUGGUCUUGACCCCACUGCCCAUCCGUACCAUGCAGCAUGCCCACACUCUUCCUCUCGUUCCCCUUCUUCCCUUCCCUCUUCCUCUUCCCUCCGCGUUACGCUUUCGCUUUUCCAUGUCGGCACCGUGGCAGGCAGAUGAUUGGUGGCUGGGUUCCAAAGGAAUGUCGCGGCUGCAGCAGCAACAACAGCCGCCCAAGUGCCGCCUGCAGUUGGAUGCUGACGUGGACUGCUACAGGGACAGUAGUGGGGCGAUCGGAGUUGGCAGGAGGCGAGAAAACGUGCCACGGAUGACGGGGCAGCAGCGGAGUCCAUCUCCCAGGCCUGUCACGUGCCAACAUCGGUGGGGCGACGUGGCGGAAAGAGCUGGUGGGUGGGCGACGUGGCAGAUUCUAGCGAUAAUUACACCCUAUUGCCUCUCACCCUCCUCGUAUCACUUCACCUCCGUCCCUGGAGAGGGGCUAGGUCGUGGUCCCUGCGUGCUCGAGUUCCAGUCUUGUGAACAGCUGCUCCUCCGCCUGCGCCUAAAGGCACAGCCCCUGGAAGCACCUCUGUCUGCGCCUCAAGGCACAGCCCCUGGAAGCACCUCUGUCUGCGCCUCAAGGCACAGCCCCUGGAAGCACCUAUGUCUGCGCCUCAAGGCACAGCCCCUGGAAGCACCUCUGUCUGCGCCUCAAGGCACAGCCCCUGGAAGCACCUCUGUCUGCGCCUCAAGGCACAGCCCCUGGAAGCACCUCUGUCUGCGCCUCAAGGCACAGCCCCUGGAAGCACCUCUGUCUGCGCCUCAAGGCACAGCCCCUGGAAGCACCUCUGUCUGCGCCUCAAGGCACAGCCCCUGGAAGCACCUCUGUCUGCGCCUCAAGGCACAGCCCCUGGAAGCACCUCUGUCUGUGCCGUCUGCCUUGCUGCCCUCCUCGUCUCCCAUACACCUCGGCAGCGUGCCCCCUCCUCCCUAG